AUGUGUUUCGGCUCGUCAAGCAGCAAGAAGAACAGCUCUCUGCCUCCACGGCAGGUCAACGUUGUGUCCAGUCGGCCUGCAAAAGCCAGCUAUGGGUAUAAAAAAUAUCCAAAGCGUGGUAAACAUAAUGGUUCCGGCGGGGAUGGAGGAGGAGAUGGUGGUGGUGGAGGCGGCGGUGAUGGAGGAUGUGGAGGUGGUGAUGGAGGAGGUGGAGGGGGUGGUGGCGAAUAA